UCUGAUUUCUGACGAGCUUUUAAGACGCACUGCUCAGUACACGCUGAUUCUGUGCUUAUUUUUUCCCACAAAUAGUUUAAUCAGCGUUCACAGCGGUCUUUUUCUCUUUAAAAAAAUCAGCAAAGACUGUGAGUGUAGAAAUAUACAAAAUCACCUUAAGAAUUUAGAGAAUACUGAGUAGUCUUCAGAAUUAAAAAUGAUUAAAAAUAAUAAUAAUCUUCAUCAAUUUGAUUCAUCUCAUUGAUUGAUGCAGUAAAAGCUCAGAUUAUUAAAAAUAGCAGAAAAUUUAAACUCCAUAACAGGAAACACAAAACAAAUAGAAUCUAAACCUCCAGGUCUGUUAUUCCCUGACACUGCAUCUCAAUUAUUGCUCUGGAUUUUGUUUUUCACUUACACACCAAUUCAAUGAAUGACCAUUUUGUGAGAUUUGAUCAGAAAAGUACCGCAAUAAACAAAAUAAAUUCAUUUUCUGGCAGUAAACCUAGUAAAUUAUCAUUUUAUUGGUGUUGGAGUUUAGUGUGAUAUUUAGUUAAUGGGAUGGUUCUUCCAUAAUUGUAAGUUGAUUGGCAAAGAAAGUGAGUGCAUGUCUCAGCAACUAUGUGAUAUUAUCUGACUAACCAAAGGACCUUUUACUGAGACUCUCAGAGAUUUUGUCCAAAUUCACCUCAUCUGAUGAUGAUGAUGAUGAAGAUGAUGAUGAUGAUAAUGAUAAUGCUUCUGUAUGUGGUCAUAGCAGGUGCAUGGGAUACAUGCCUGGUGUAUUAGUGCAUGUGUGUGUGUGUGUGUAAUGGAGAGUUCUCAUUUCACUUGAGGCCCCCUAACACAGAUUAGCUGGAGUUUGAUUAGACAUUGCAAUAAUUACACAGAGUUAAUCAGAGGCACUGGCGUGUUUGAGGAUUUUAAUUAAAACAGCAUUAUGUGUGUGUGUGUUCUUAUUUCACACACAUAUAUAUAUAUUAAAACGUAGAGAGAGACAGAGAAAUGAGUGUGUGAUUAAUGAUCACUCUGUUAAAUGUGAAUUUUGUGAGUUUACACUGUCACAAAACUGAUUACUGUGAUGAGUGAGUUUAUGUGUUUGUUUAUUUAUUUGUUGAUUCAUUCAUUCAUAUGGUCUUUCAGGUCAUGGUCGUUACAGGGUGAGUUUAGAGUAAAGAAUGACUGAGAAAAAGAGACUGAAAUAAAUAAUUAGUAGUAUUAUUAAUUUAAUAUAUUACCAAGUGAAUAUUAUAGACCAAUAAAUACACUGAAUUCAGAAAGAAAAAUAAAUACGAGUAUGAGAGAGAGAGAGAGAGAGAGAGAGAGAGUGCACAGAAGCUCUGUGCUUCUCAGUUCAGUCUUGUGUGUGUGUGAGUGUAUGUGAGUGUGUGUGUGUGUGUGAGAGAGAGAGAGAGAGAAGAGAUGUUCUUCAGCAGACGGUGGGUUAUUUCUCUUCAGUGUAGAGACUCAUUCUCAGUGCUCACGCUGAAUUAAUGAUCAGGUUUUAACUUCACUGUUAGCGUCAGGUGACCAUGUCCAAACCAAACUGUUCAUCUGCAGUACUGAGCUGUGAUCAGACGUUUCUUUGCAACUCCACCUUCCCGUUAAACCUGACUGAAACGGAGAUGGAAGAUUACUGCUUGAGUCUGGAGGAUUACCUGGAGAAGUACCUGGGUCCUCGGCGCUCCCCUGUCUUCUUACCUGUGUGCAUCACUUACCUGCUGAUCUUCAGCGUGGGAGCUGUGGGGAACACUCUCACCUGUGCUGUGAUCACACGCCACCCAGUCAUGCGCACACCCACCAAUUUCUACUUGUUCAGCCUGGCCGUAUCUGACCUGCUGGUGCUCAUCCUUGGCAUGCCGCUGGAGCUGUAUGAAUUGUGGAGUAACUACCCCUUCCUGCUCGGGAAGAGCGGCUGCUACUUCAAAACCUUCCUGUUUGAGACGGUGUGUUUCGCUUCUGUGUUGAACGUGACGGCACUCAGUGUGGAGCGCUACAUUGCAGUUGUGCACCCGCUAAGGGCGAAAUGUGUGGUGACACGUGCCCAUGCCAAGCGUGUGAUCAUCUGUGUUUGGUUUGCAUCUGUGAUUUGUGCACUGCCCAAUGCGAGCCUUCAUGGAAUCUACACACUGCCAAAACCACGCGGGCAUGGAGAGGGGCAUGAGCUGAGCUCAGCUACAUGCACACUGGUUAAGCCACGCUGGAUAUAUAACCUAAUAAUCCAGAUCAGCACAUUCAUCUUCUUCAUCUUGCCCAUGAUGACCAUCAGCACACUCUACCUGCUCAUCGGCAUCCAGCUGAAGAGGGAGAAGAUGCUGCAGGCUAAAGCUGAGUGUGAGAACAACGUCCACAGAAAUGCCAGCGUGCGUACGCGACAACUACAAACACGAAGACAACAGGUCACCAAGAUGCUGUUCGUGUUGGUGGUGAUGUUCGGGAUCUGUUGGGCGCCGUUCCACACAGAUCGCCUCAUGUGGAGUUUCAUGGACGAGUUCUCCGGUGUGGAGAUGUUUCAGGUGUUUGAGUAUGUCCACAUCUUCUCGGGCGUGUUCUUCUACCUCAGCUCGGCCGUGAACCCCGUGCUGUACAACCUCAUGUCCACUCGAUUCCGUGAGAUGUUCAAGGACGUGAUGUGUGUUCACAAACGUGCCUCUUCCCAAAGGAAGUACUCUCUGAGCAUGACACGAGCCACUAUACGCAGUGUCCUGAGUGAUGUGGCUAAUGGCAAUGCCACCACUGACGGAGAUUUUGAGUUUUAUGAGUGUCAUGAAAACGAGACCACAUGUGAUUGAGGGAAAGAAACAAACACACUUUAACUUGGAGGUGUGGUGGUGUCAUGGACAUGUUUAUGCAGGUAUAUUAAAACUAAAAAAAGAUAUGUGUUCUACAUUUGUAUCUAAUCAGAGUCUCUCUUUAAUGUUUUUAUGAAAUCAUUUCUGAUCCAUUGCACCUGACUCACCGAUUGAGGGAUUUUUUUAUUUUUUAAUAAUUCUUUGUUACUGUUUGAAUUAUUUGUUACCUAAGGAACACACCCCAUUGUUCUGUUUUCUUGUGAG